AAAGAAUACACUGGAUUGACUCUACCUUGAUAUGAAGCUGUGCUGUUGUACCGUGGGCGAUUGGUUGAUUGAUUGAGAGGGGCUACCAACAUAUACUGCACAUAACAUACUGAAAUAGAUGGUUCCUCAGCAGUUGGUAUCCCCAGCCUAUAUUCCCCUUUAAAUAUUACUGCUAGACCGUUUUUCCGCCUCUUACUAUAGAUAUGACUAAAAAUAAUCCAGCCAUUUUCCAAUCAGGAAGCUCCCGCGCCCGCGCACACACACAUCCCCGCACUUGGGUCCCCGCACCAGAAAACCAGGCUGGCAGCAAGCUGUUGGAUGGACAAACACGCCACCAACAAAAACCUCCAGGACCAACACCCAACUUCGUCCGACGAAAUACUAAAAGUACCUCAAUUCAUCCCUUCUGUCUCUCUUCUCUCUUCUUCAUCUGUUGCUCUAUUGCACCCUUUUAUCUAUUCACAGCUUUUCAUUGUCUUACUGCCCCACCCCCGCUGCGGAUCAUCGUCACUACCAUGUCUACCCCCUCCAAGAAAUACGACGUCCUCAUCAUCGGUGGCGGCACGGCUGGCUUAGCCACGGCGCUCGCUGUUGCGCGAACCAUCCGUACUGUGUGCCUCUUUGACGGCGGCUCCUAUGGAAACAGCGCCUCCUCGCACAUGCACAAUGUCCUGACUUGGGACCACAAGAGCCCCGUGGAUUUUCGACGUGCUGCGCGAGCGGAUAUCGCGCGCUACGAGACGGUCGACUUUAAGGAUGUCAAGGUGACUAAAGUGUGGAAGCACGACGACGAUAACUUUGAGGUCACGGAUGAGCAGGGCAAUGUGACUACUGGUCGCCGAUUGGUGCUGGCUACGGGCACGCGGGACAUCUUUCCCAAUGUGACUGGCUUUGGGGACUGCUGGUCCAAGAGCAUCUUCAACUGCCUCUACUGCGAGGGCUACGAGCACCGCGGCGCCGCCAACGUAUCCGUGCUGGCCACCGAGAACGUUGCUGCUGCCAACGUGAUUGAGCACCAUGCCCUGAUGGCGCGCCAGCUAGGCAAGCACGUCACCGUGUACACGCACGGCAGCGAGGAGUUUGUGGAGCAGUACAAGACGAGAUUUGGCGCCGAUGCCGACUGGGUGUCGAUUGAGACGCGCAAGAUUGAGCGUCUGCACCAGACGGACGGCCAGGCGCUGAUUGUCGAGCUCGAGGGCGGCGAGAAGCAGGAGCAGACGUUCAUGGUGCAUGUGCCCAAGCCCGACCCUACACUGCAGUUUGAGCACAACUUGGACUUGAAGCUGAGCGACAACGGCAAGGAGUAUAAGACGGACGAGCUACUGGCCAAGAGUGUGUCGGAGAAGCAUGUCUGGUUGCCUGGCGAUGCGUCGUCGCUCUACAGAGCUGUUGGCUGGUCCAUGUCGCGCGGUGCGACGUGUGCUGAGGGUGUCGUCAUGAGCAUUAUGCAUUAAGAUGUGAGACGUGUAGGUCUGUCGUUGUGUACGUUGAUGAUCGGCGGUACUGUUGUAGUAUAGAGGUCGCGAGGAAAAGGCGGAUGAGACUUGGUUAGUUAGAGAGCUGGUUGUAUUAAGAACAGAAUGCAUCUAUCUAGCAUCGCGUUUCCGUCGCACAUUCCUCCUUUCCGUUGUCUGGAAGAAGUUAGUCAGGGUAUAGUACCUGGACUGGACUCGACCAUUGGAUCUGAAGGCCGUGUUGUUUUGCAAAUGCCAAGUUUGCAUUGCGCUUGGAGAUGUCUCCUCCCCCGCCAGCCGAUGUCGCUGCUUGGCUAUGACGCAACAGCCCAAGCCAUGAGAAUCUCCUGUUGCGCUGCAGUUCUAGACCUGCCCGCUCUCCAAACCCCGAAACGCAGCGUCGCAUCGCAGCGGCUGCUCGGCAUGUGCCUGCCAUUGCGCUUCGCCAGAGAAACAGGCAUCGGGAGAGAUCGGGGGACAGAACUGAGAACGAGCGUGGGGGCCUCGGCUUGUUUUUCUGAGAGGUCCCCACGGCCGAGAGCUGGUAGUGGUCGCUGGAAGAAGCGCUGUAGCGCCCCCCCUGUAGACAAGGUGUGCCCACCAAGACCGCCUGUGGACCGAAUAGGGCCCAGCAUGUAGUAAUACUGCGUGCGGCUCUGUCGAUUCUGCGCGUAAGAAGCUGGGGAAAGCGAGUCUGGGCAGGGACGGUAGGGCUAGUGUUAGUAAUUUAGCGAGUUACGAUGCGAGAUUGACAGGAGGAGAUCUGCUAAAUCUAUCAUCAGUAUAAAAAAAGGGAGCGAGAUGAAGAUGAUUAUAAAGCUGUCGAUAGCGGCUGCUACAGCGAGUGUCUGUCCACUGUAGACGCCGCUGUAGCACAGCCCUGGGAGACAAGACAAGGCUCGGACAGGAGUCGGUGCACCGCUCGGAAGUACGACUCUGGGCCGGGCUGCAGAGCCGGGG